GCUUGUCGCAAGCUGUGAUAUGCUCGGAAUAAUCUGCAUGCCAAAAUGCAAAGAAUUGUUGUCCAGGAUAAAAUAUGAAGAUGUCUGCCUUGGGAACAUGGAUGUAGUCGACUCGGUAAAAAUGUACACAAAAGAUGUACCUGGCAUGGACUACUUCUGGCAAGGCUUUAGGUCCUGUGAUGCCGAAAUACUAAAUGGAGAUACUACUCCAACCGAUGGGCCUACAUGCGACAACUUGAUGACAUAUAUGAAUGAAUCGAUGAUGGCUAUUGGUCAGCAACUGGGUAGCAUCUGUGAUGUAUCAGCUGCAACUUGCAACCCAAAUUGCAAAGAAUACAUAGCACAGAUCAGGCGUGAAGAUGGUUGCCUAGGAAACGCAGGAAUGAUUGCUUUAAUGAAAGUCCACACUUCAACUGUUCCCAUGAUGGAUUCUUUCUGGCGAGCUUAUCAUUCGUGUGAUGGCGAGCUAGGAAAGUUGGAAACGUUGGGAAACCUUCAAGUUUCGGCCCCUCGAUGUGAGAACCUUUGGACAUAUAUGAACCAAUCGUUAGAAGGUAUUGGUGAACGAAUAACCACCGAUAGUUGUGAUGUUAUGGGAGAAGCUUGCUACCCAAAAUGCAAAGAAAUGAUUCAAGAGAUCAAACGUGACGAUGGUUGUCUGGGAAAUUCAGAUUUGGUUAUGGUGAUGAAAAUUGUUGCUGCGGGAGAACCUAACAUGCCCUACUUUUGGAAUGCGUUUGAGUCGUGUGACGCAGAAAUAGCAAUGGAUAACGCUAUAGUAGGUAUGUAACCAGUUGGUUGUUCUGACACUUUACAUUACAAUCAAGUAUAGAUAUUGCCAAAUUGAAUAUGCUACCUGUUUUCAUUUCAUUUUGCACUGUUGAGUUUCUUUUAUUUAAUGAGCUGAGGUACAAUUUCUAAAAUAAAAGAAAAUGCUUUGUUAUGUUUGUCGUUGUUUUUAUAUCGUAUUUAGUUGAUUUUCCAAAACUUUUGCGAAUCGUUGGGAACAUUAAAUCAUGUCCCACUACUACUUAUGAGGUCAGAAUCGUCAUCAGAUCAUGUUGCUAGUGACAAAUGUGUAUAGUUACGAGUACCA